ACUGUGACAGUCGAGAUCGAGAACAAGAAAGAAGUGAGACAGAGAAGCACGAUGGAUGAAUUCAGAUGGAUUCAAAUGUUUUUAUGUCUGAUGAUUCAGAUUGCAGUAUCUGUAAAUGAAACAUCCAUGUUUAUGAAAGUUGGAGAUGACGUCACUCUGCUUUGUGUAAAUGUGAUAGAUGAGCAGAAUAACUGUGAUGGUACUACGUGGACCUUUACUUCAAGACACAAACCAACAACAGUAGAGCUGAUCACACUUGGACAGAUUGGUGAAGAAGCCAAAACUAAAUCAGACAGACUGAGUGUUACAGCGAACUGUUCUCUGCUUAUAAAGAAGUUCACAGUUGAGGAUGUUGGUUUUUAUUACUGUCAACAAUACAAAGUCGAGGAAACACCAUCUAAUCACACUCUGGUUCAUCAGUCUCAGGUUCAUCUCUCUGUUAUUACCUUGACUGAACAUAAGGACACUGAUAAGGUGACGUUAAGCUGCUCUGUGGUGACAUAUGCAGAGUGUCAUCACACAGUGAAGUGGCUGCUUAAAGGUCAAGCUGUGGACAAAGAGAACAAAGAAACAGUGACUUCACAGACUGACUGCUCCACCACUGUAUCUAUUCUGAAGUAUGAGUAUUUAUACUCAUCACGUCAUAAAAUACUGAAGUGUGAAGUGACUGAUACUAAAACAGGAAAAGUGCAGCUGUUUACCUUCAGCCAUCAGACCUCAGGUGAGGAAACAGAUGAUACAACAGCAAAAACUGUGGAAAAUGAAAGCACGACACCAAACAACAAAUCAUCUGCAAAUUCACAACAUGGUGUCCUGUGGUUCAUCAUUCCAGCUGUGGGUUUGGUCUCACUCUUGAUAGUUGUUGUGUUUUUCAUCAGAGGGAAGAGAACUAGAGGAAACAAAACACAGAUGGAUGAAGAUGCUGGACUGUGUUUAAUCCCUGCAGACACUCGGUCUGCUCCUCAAACCAGUCAGGACUCGGUUCAGGAUGAUGACAAAGAUGAUGCAUACAGCACUGUGAAGGCUCCUUCCUCUUCUGCUGCAGCCACUGCUCAUCCCAGCAACAUCUACUCUACUGUCAGUUUUCCAGCCAUAUAGUUCAAAUAUUAUACAAAAAGGAUUUCAAAGACUAUUUUUGUUUUGAUUUCUCAUGGAGAAAUUUGUUAGCAAUAUGCUAAAUGGCUUAAAAUAUUCCUGUUAGAUUGCCUAAAUGUGACACAGAGAUGUGCAACAGACUGUUUAACUUAAUAUGUCUAAAAAAGAAACACCUGUUACUGUGAGAGUGCCGGCUGUAUUAUUGUCCUAUAGAAGAAUGCUGUUUUCUUUUGUCUAUAAAUAUAUCAAAAAUGUAUUUUUGCAUUUUUGUAAUAAAAAUAUAGUUGAUGCCUGGUUUAUUUUCACAAGGUUAUGAAGUGAAGACAAGACUGGGUGGAUGAAAAACAUACAGCUAUUACACCAGAUACAAGGCAGUUUCUCAAUAUAAACUUUGUCUCUCAGUACAUGGUAAACUUUUGCUGUAUGAAACCAGACCAGUGUCUUUCUAUCUAACCACAAAAACUUUAUAUAGACAUUAAUGUUGUUAGUAAUCAGAAACAUAUGGUGGUUAAAAUUUCAUUACAAA